GCCCGGUUCCGAAUGCCAUCCGCCUUCCUGUUUCCGUCGAUCCGUCCCCAAUCGCUACUCUUUUUCUCUAAACAUUACAAAUAUUAAUACAUAAUCUCCCAUUUUUUUGGGUUCUGUUUGGGGGCUCAUCCGAUCUUAAGUCGAGUCGGGGAUCUGCGAGGAGCAGCGGCCGGAAUCGAUCGAUGGCGACGGCGGCGGGACGUAUAGGGACGUCGACCGGGGCUCUGCUUGCGGUGGCCGCUAUUCUCCUCGGCCUCUCGUCGGAGGGAUCCGCUGCCGCGACGAAGGCGGCCUUCGUCAAGAAAACUGUGGCCGCCCACGACAUCGUCAUCUUCUCCAAGUCCUAUUGCCCGUACUGUAGAAGAGCAAAAUCUGUUUUCAAAGAACUGAACAAAGAACCAUAUGUCGUGGAGCUGGACCAGAGAGAGGAUGGGUGGGAUAUUCAAGAUGCCUUGUCGGAGAUUGUUGGGAGGCGCACGGUCCCUCAAGUUUUUAUACAUGGAAAGCACAUUGGUGGCUCCGAUGAUACCGUUGAAGCAUAUGAAAGUGGCAGACUAGCUGAACUUCUGGGUGUCAACUCAAAAGAUGAUCUUUAAAUGGUGGUGCAUGAAUGAUUCCCAAGCGGUGGGGAUAUGGAUGCAUUCUUUCUCAUUUAAGUUAGGUAUUUCUUGAUAAAGACCUGCGGUGGUUCACAGAUUUUAAGUUUGUUGGACCUAAGAUGCUAUAAAGUUUGGAGGUCUGUUGAGUUAUUUGCUACAAAUUAUAUACUGUAGUACUUUAUUAAGAGAUUAAGAACAGUGGUUUCUUGGUAAGAUCAUGCUUAUGUCCUAUCAUUAAGCUUGAGAAUGUAGUCUUCUUUCCUUUGGGACAGAAUAAGAUUGCAGAAUCUCUCUCUUUUUCUUUUUUUUUUUCAGUUUUUUCUGUCUUUCUAGGAAAGGUUCUUCUUGGUAGGUAACUGGAUUUUAGACUUUCAAGAUAAGGAUGCUUAUCCAUGAGGAGGCAGGGAGACCACAAGGAACCCAGCAUGGCCAACCAGCAUCCUCCAAUAGCCGUUGCCACCCAGCUACUGCAUACGUCCACAGAAAGGGGAACUCAGACUGCAAUCUUGGCAUGCUAGGCUGGCUUAAAUUUCAAUACCUUCCAAUUUGACUGCUAUAAUUGUUUCUCCAUGCCAGUCUACUUUUGCUUCAUAUGUGCUCAUUUUCCUGGUGAUCACGAUGAUUAGUUUGUUUUGCUUCUUUUUUUUUCCACAGGAAACACGUCCAUAGUAAAUUUUAGGUCACAUUUGAAUGUGCCUUUUUGUAUUCUCUCAUUGAAUUUGCCACUUUAGAAUUUGUAUUAAUAAUCUUUUAUAAAGAAAAGAUAUGCAAUUUUAUAAAU